AUGGGCAAGUUCUGGUUCCCUUUUCGACGAGAUAUUGGCAUCGCUCUGGGAGGGGCUGAAUCGUCGAGGAAGUCGCUCGAGUACCUUCUGGAAAAUCCCGGUAAAGGUCGAGCAAUAGCCAUCGUCUUGGGAGGAGCGACAGAGGCACUGGACGCGCAUCCCGGAACGCAUGAACUCUGCUUGUCUUCACGUCGUGGAUUUUGUCGUUACGCUCUGAAAUAUGGUACGGACCUUGUACCAAUGUACCACUUUGGUGAGAAUGAUGUCUUUGACCGAUGGGAAGGAAAUGCACGGGGGACUCGCAUUAGAGAAAUUCAGACGUGGAUCAAGAACAAAUUCGGAUUUUGUCCACCAUUGUUGAAAGGUCGCGGCAUCUUCAACUAUAGUUUCGGGAUGCUUCCACAUCGCAGACCCAUCACUACAGUCAUUGGAGCGCCAAUAAGAACCACACGAACAGAGAAUCCCACGGAGCAGGAGAUCGACGCACUCCACGCCAAGUACUGCAAAGCCCUCAUUGAUCUGUUUGAACAGCAUAAAAGCCUACACGACAUUCCAAAGGAUGUCCAUCUGACUAUACAUUGA